AUGGAAACUCUGUCAGACACGACUUGGGAUGUGAUCAUCGACGGGACUGGGGUUUCCCAGUCUCUUCUGGCACUGGCCCUCUCACGAUCUGGAAAGAAGGUUCUUCACAUCGACCGAAACCAGUACUAUGGUGGUUCAGAUGCAGCCUUCAGUCUUGAUGAGGCCCAGGAGUGGGCAGAGAGAGUCAAUCAAGGUGAUUUCACCCUGGCGAACAUAGAUCAACAUUCAAAGAUGCCUCAAUCUUCAAACAUGAUGCAUCUUCUUCCGAGGAGACGGGCAUUCCCCCCCAAACUUGCAUCCAGCCGUGCUUACACAUUGUCCCUUUCCCCAUAUUUUAUAUAUGCCCGGUCUCAACUAAUGUCAGCGCUUGUAUCCUCGAAGGUCUUUCGCCAGCUGGAAUUUAUGGCUGUGGGCAGCUGGUGGAUUUAUGCACCUGAACAGCCAGAUUCAGAAAAUGGCGAGCUUGGUGCGGAAAAGGUUCUCUACCGUGUGCCUGGCAACCGGGAGGAUGUCUUUGCUGCAACUCAUAUCAGUAUGAAGUCCAAGAGAACCCUCAUGCGAUUGUUGCGUCAUAUCAUCAAACCCAAUGAGGAUGACGCUUCAAAUGAUGAUGAUAAUGAUGAUAUGUCAAUGCCCUUGAAGGAUUACCUGGCUUCCAAGUUCAGUGUCCCGGAGGAACUUCACAAUCCUCUUCUCUCACUGUCGCUGUCACAGCUUUCUCAGCAAGAUACUACUGCCAGCUAUGCUUUGCCCAGGAUUCAGAGACAUCUGUCAUCCAUUGGACAUCUCGGACCUGGGUUUGGAGCUGUGCUUGCUAAGUAUGGUGGUGGAGCUGAAAUACUCCAAGCCGCUUGUCGCGCGUCCGCUGUGGGAGGGGGUAUAUAUGCCCUGGACACGCAAAUUCAAGAUUGCUUAUGGCGCAAGGAAGCUGAAUAUUCAGAGCAUCGUUUUCUGCUGAAACUGGCCAAUGAAGGGUCCGUUCAGGCGAAAUGCAUGUUUAGCUUGAAUGUUGAUACCAUUCCCAAAGAAGGCUCAAAACCGUUGGUCGAGGUCGCCCGCUCAAUCAGUAUUGUGUCGGCUACUUUCCCAUCUCUUUUCCCUGUGACAGUUGAAGGUGCUCCUGUGCCCGCAACUGCAGUUCUCAUGUUCCCAGGGGAUACUUUGGGCAGCCCUCACUCCCCACCAGUCUAUCUCCAGGUCCACUCAAGCGAUACUGGCGAGUGUCCACCCCAGCAGAGUGUUAUUUAUUGCAGUGUGGCACUGCCUGGGUCGGAAGGCCAAGCUCUUCUCGAGUCCGCCGUGGAUAGACUAAUCCGGGCUGAAGGUCUCCCGGCUACCGUAUUGUGGUCGUUGCGAUACACUCAUAGCGGUCGUCUCAGCAACGGUGGGCCCCGGCGCCUUAUUUCUGACGACGCAGUUCCUGAUUGUUACGCUUUCCCUUCAUCGAGCCUCGACUUGGCAUUUGAAGAUGACACGCUUGAACUUGUAAAAGAGGCAUGGAAGAAAGUUGUAGGAGAUGAAGUUGAUGACGCCGAUUUCAUGAUGUUUGACGAUCGCGAUGGCACUUCUGACCAAUGA